AUGCAAUCUAAACUUGCUGGACUUUGGCUUUUAUCAGCAGGAGCAGGCGUAUUUGGUAUGAUAACAGGUGGCAGCUAUUUAAGGGUCAAAAAAUCCCCUAUUUCAAGCUCUGGAGAAUCUUUAAGUGGAUUUAAGCUUCAAACUACCGAACAAGAGUGGGAAGAAAAGCACAGAACCCAUCAAUUACUUUGCGAAUCAAAAGGAAUCCAACCUAUUGUCAAUCUAGAAGAAUAUAAGCUUGACUACAAUAUUUAUAUAUCGCAUAUUGCUUUAGCACAAGGUCUAGGUGUCUAUAUAGCUGUCCCUUCUUUAAUUGGAUUAUUGACAAGAAAAUUCGGAGGAGUGUUUGCGAUGAAGCUAAUUGGUAUUAACUCUUUAUUUGCUUUAGGUGGCUAUAUUAGCCAAGUCCUUAAGCAAGAUAAGACAAAAGAAUUAGGGAUCCCUGAUAGCUUACCCCCCCUCCGUGAGGAACAAAAAUAUUUUGCUCACUCACGGAGGGGGGUUAAUUUUUUUUUUAAAAAAAAUUAUAUAUAAAUUUUUUAUAAAUUUUUUUUCAAAUUUUAAAAAAAAUCUAAUUUACAAAAAUUGGGAAGCAAAUAUUAAUUUAAUUUUAUAAAAUUUAUGUUUGAGAACGCAAUUUGUUUAAAUUAAACAGAAUUAGCUCGAGAUUUCAUUAUAAUAAUUAUCAUUUAUAUAUCAUUUUUUUUUUUCAUAAAAAUAAUUUUCUAUUAAAAUAAUUUUUGUUCACACACGGAGGGCAAAAAUUGGGAUUUUUUCCAAUUUUUUUUUUUUUCACUCACGGAGGGGGGAGUUAGUAUUCCCUGCUUAUAUGGGUACUGGGGUUUCUUUAUAUUCACUCCUAAUGUGGACUGGAUUCUUCUGCUUCAGAAAACCUCAGGCUGCAUUUGCAGAGGAAUUAGUAGCUUCAGCAUAUAAAGGAGCAAGAAGAAGAUUUAUGGGGCUUACUCAUCUUUCAUUAUUCACCUUUUUUGCAGGACUUUUGGUGUCCUCUACUAAGGCUGGAAAUGUUUUAAAUAAUUGGCCAUGGUAUGGUAAAGAUUAUUUUUUCCCUGAAAGUGCAUGGGAUUUAGAGCCAGCGUAUAAAAAUUUUUAUGAAAAUAGAGCUAUGAUUCAGUUUGUGCAUAGAACUUUGGGAACUUUAGCUUAUCUUGGAGUGCUAGAUCUGUUUACUUAUCAGUAUGGAAAACCUUUGCCAUUUUCAGUGAAAUUUUCAUCAUUUUCGCUUUUGCUUCUUAUGACAGCGCAGCUUAUUGGAGGAAUAAAAUCACUUAAGGAUGGCCCUCAGCCAGAAGGGACUCUAGGCCAUAGCACCAAUUCUAUAUUGAUGUUGACGAUCCUUUACUACGGUCUUCAUGUUUUAAGAAGACGUUAA